GGCAGCGAGCAAAGAGCCUUUUUCCUCGAUUUUCAGCGAUUUUUCGCCAAUUUUACUGUAAUUUUUGUAAAUUUUCUACACAAAUAUACAACAAAAAUACCCGGAAACACUAAAAAAACACCGUUGCGAUCGAUUUUCGACUCAAAUCAACCGACGAGCAGCAGCAGCAGCACCGUAUUCAAUUGCAGUUCGUUAGUUGCUUGAAAGCGCGAACAUCUAAACCCCCACGGAACCCCCCUAUACAAUCCAAAAAAACCACACAAAAAAUGGAAGGACAAAGUGAAGUUAUUCAGAAGAAAAAAGCCAGAACGAAGACAGGCUGUGAUGUUGGAUGUCAGACGGAGCAAGGAAGUCCCAGUGUGUUUCAACAAAUGAGCCAGCUGAUGUCCUCGUCCACGUCACAUGUAGGCACAGGCGCAGUCGACACAACAUCGUCAUCUGCAUCUGCUUCCGGAGCAUCCACGCCAGCCAAUCAAGCCGCUUCCUCGUCGCCAGCACCAUCGGGAGCCCCAGCAGCCGAUAAGAAGCUAACCGGACCGGCAGGCGUGAAGCCCAACGAAAUUGAAGCCUAUUUUGGUGAGAAGAAGCCGCCGAGUCUGAAUAGUUCGACGAACACGACGCAACCACAGCAGGCAGGCCAGACGACACAGAAGGCUCGUGCCGCGUCGACGACUGGCGUCGUUGGUGAAGGAAAGAAACAGAAUUCGAACGCAAACGCCUCCUCAUCAAACGCCGCGGCCGGUGCGACAAACGGAAAAGCCGUCGAUGGACCAUCAUGGAACGACGAGAACUGCAAACUUCGGCUCGUAAUCAAUCGAUUCUCGCAGUUGGAGGAGACAAUGUGCUCGCCGCCAAAAUCGAUCGAAGGUGUCUCGUGGAAGAUAAUGGUGAUGCCGAAACAGCAUAUGGUUCAGAAGAAACAACAAAAAUGCAUGGGAUUCUUCCUGCAAUGCGCACCCGAAAGAGCCUAUUCUGACCAAUGGAGCGUCCACGCGAUAGCCGACAUGCGAAUGAUCUCGUACAAGCCAAACGUGCCCCACUUUGCCCGACGAACGACACAUACGUAUACAUCGAAGGAAAACGACUGGGGUUACUCGUGUUUUAUGACUUGGGCGGAUAUCAUCGACGAGGCACAAGGCUACAUACGUGAUGAUACCGUAGUACUGGAGAUUGCUGUGAAAGCAGAAGCACCGAAGAACAUGAUGACACACGAGGACUUUCUUGAUAAGAUCAACAAAUGGAUAGUUCUGGCCGAUAUGCAAAUGAAAAAGAACAAUAUAGAUCUCGCGUUGGAAGCCAAUCAAAGUGCCAUGAAGUUCUGUAAGGGAAAAGACGAGGAAUGCUAUCAACGUCUCGAAACUCAACGGGAGACAUUUGUGAAUGCGAAGCUUUUCGAGAGUAUCGAGAGAAUUGAGAAGGGUCCUGUAGUUUGUACGGAUACGACUCACGGAAAACCAACGUCACUUCGACAGGCGCUAACUGGUGCUCAGAAAUCGUUGAAUGGGAAAAUGACGGCGAAGGGUGGAAAGAAGGCGCGUGCAGUGGUCACUGUUCAGCAAAUGAAGAAGAAGAAGCCGUAUGAUCAGAACAACACCAAUCAACAGAGAACCAACACUGGUGGGCCGACUGUUAAAGAUCUCGUCGAGAAGCGAAAGAGCAGCAAAUCGGAUGAUGCUCUCAAGAAGGAUCUGUUAAGAUCAAAGGAAGAGCUGGAAGCUGAUGAACAGACCGAAUCGGAAGACUCUCCAGAUGAGAAGGCAUUGGGAAGUGAUGAAGAGGAAGAAAUCGAGUUUGACGACGAAGAGUACAAUGAGGGUGAUUAUGGAAGUCAGGCAGAUGAGUGUAGCACUUUGGAGUUGUUCGGAAGUGGUCACGACGAGACAGAAGACGGUGAUCCGACCGCUUGGGACGACGAGACGACACUUCGGAUUCAGGAGGGCGAAAACGACGAGGAUGUGAUGGUUUGUGAUCGUAUGGUGCAGACGGACUUUGAGGAGGCUCUACGAAGUGUGCUCGAGGAUACGGCCGGCAAUUCAAUGUUCGACCAGGACGUGUACUUCUCGCAAACCGGCAUCGCCGCAGCCCCGGGCGACUCGAUUGAGAAGAUCUUUGGCGGAGAGAGCAGUGAGGGAGAGGACGCGUUUUCGGCUGCAGUGCUCGACGUUUUACCAUCGAAUACGCCGACGGCGGCCACCGCAUCUUCAGAGGAGCUGUGUCAACUGGUGAAUGCUGAGAAGCUCAUCAAAAAAUGGCUUGACGUCGAGGGAGCAUUGGGUGGAUAUGUGGAUCCGGAUGGUGUACUCGCUCGGCUCAGCGAUCAGGAUCGUCGGGAGCUGCUCGAGGAGCUCAAUUUCAAGCUGAAUCCGUUGAUCGUAUCGCUGGAUCACGAGUUUCGUGAAACAGUGAGCUGUGUCAAUAAUUGUCUGGAGAGUGCUCGGACGGCGUUGACGAAUUCACAGCGAACCGUUACAGAGUGUGAUCGGUUGAAGGACAUUUUCGAGGAGAAGCUUUCCGGUGGAUUUGUUAAGGAUCAGAAGCGACAAGCCGACAACAAGAAAACCACCACAAGUGCAGCUGCUACUUCUGGAUCCAGUGCAAAGUCUGUAUCGAAUGGAAGACCAACAGUCAUCGCAAAACGUUCCAUGAAGCAAGUGGUUCUUGAUUCGGAUCGUAACGAGGAGCGUGGGCGUGUAUCAGAGUUCUUGAAGACUUCGGAAAGUGCUCACGCGUUGAUUCAAGGAGAUGGGGAGACUCAUCGAAUGCGUGAUGCUCUCGAAGGAUUCAAGGAGCUUCAUCGUAAGAUUCAACCGAUGAUGAGCAUGAUCAACUCGAACAAUGAAGCAUUCCAUCGAAUCUUCACGCAGGUUACCAGUGAGAAUGGCGUUGUCGCGGAGAGUGUGAAGAAGCUUGUCACCCAACACGCUGCUAAUCAACAAGAUAUGAUGACGAAGGUUACGAAGGCUCAUGAAGCUUUGGAGUUGGCUGCAGAAGAUCGGAAGAAGAAUGAGAGGAGAUAUGAUGAGAAUGAUAAGCGAGCUACGGAAGAGUUUGAUAAGAAUCUGAAGGCUCAGAAGGAGAUCAAGGAUCUGAAGAAUUCGUUGAAAAAGGCGGAGAACAAGGCGACGAAGGAGGAGACACGCGCCACGACGCUUCAGGUUCAGCUCAAUGAGCUCGAGGAGAAGGCCAAAGUUGUGCGGAAGGAGUUGGAGACUUUGAAGAAGAAGUCAACCGAGGAGCGUGCCAAGACGAAGAAGGAGAAGGAUCGAGAUCUGCAGACGAUUCGUCAGCAAUCGAUUGAGAUUGUCGAACGGGAGAAGGAGCGUGAUCGGGCGCGUAAGGAGUUGGAGGACGUUACACGGCAAAAGGAGAAAUUUGAGAAGGACAAGAAGGCUGUUGGUGGGCAAUUGACGUCGAUGACCGAACGAGCACGUGCCGCGGAGGUGUGUGUGAUGGAGAACAAGUGGACGGCCGCGCUUGAGGAGUUCAAGAAGCGUCGGGAGGCGAUUCAGCACGGUUAUACUGAGACUGAGACACUUGAGAAGCGAGUCCGCCAAGCCAGCGACCGUGACGUCAUGCGCAAGUCCCUAGGCGAAUGGAAGGCUGCUCUUGACAAAUGUGAUGCUCAGAUCAAAUCGGUGAAAGCCGAGUACGACCACGCAAUCGAACAGAUCAAGAACGGUGUUAAGACAAUGUCACAGACUCUUGACAUCAAACUUCCAUCUGCUGAUCCACUUCCGAACCUUGUGAAGCCUCCACCAGUUCAAGUCGUCGCCCCAUCACCAUCUGUCAUUCCACCGCCGAUCCUUCCACCACCACCGCCGGCCGGUGUCAUUGGACAACAGAGAAAUCCGAUUGGAGGAGCUCGUCAGGUGCCGGUUGCCGCUGAAGCUCCGGCUGCUGCAGCUGCUCCAUCGCGUGCUCGUGUUCCACGUGGACCAUCUCCGCCGACGGCAAUGAAGCCUGGUGGAUCGGAUGCUCCGUCAUCACUGUGGUCGUGGAAUACGAUUGGGAAUCUCGGAGAUCUUCGUCCACCAUCGUCAAAUGAGUUUAAUUCGUCGAUGGAUUCGUUCCAGAAGGAUAUUUGGGCGGCGAAUGGAAAUGGAAAUGGAAGUCUUGGUUCUGACUUUUUGAGGGGCUCUCAAAACUCAAUGGCAAGUGGAUUGAGCUCAACUGGUGCUCCACAGCAACAGCAGCAACAAGCUCCACCACAACCAUCAUAUCUUCGUUCACAAUCAAGUCAAUCUCAACCUCAGCAGCAACAGCAGCAACAGGCUUCAAUGUCAAUGAGCCAGGCGACUUAUCAGCAACAACAUCAACAGCAGAAUCAAAUGCACCAUCAUCAUCAGACAAGUCGAAUGCAACGUGGAUAUGGAGAUUUGUGGAAUGCGGCGCCUGGAAUGCAACAGCAGCAACAGAACUCUUCUCAACAAGAUUAUCCGAAUCGUAUGAUGGCUCCUCAGCACAAUGGAGCUGGAGACUUGGCUAGUAGUCAAGGUUUCUCAAUGGGACAACAAUCUCCAUGGCACAAUCCACCAACUCAACAGCAACAGCUCCGCGGUGGUCAGGCUCCUCAGCAACAGCAGCAACAUAAUCACAAUAUGUUCCAGCCGCAUUCCUUCUUUGACAAUGGAAUGUAGAUGAUUUCUUCUCCCCCAACCACCAAGUAGUAUCACAUUAUCUGAGAAUAUUAAUAUUCUAUUUGUGUUUUCUUUUCAUUCACACUCAUAUUUCCCCUGCCCCUUUCUGAAAAAUGAGAAAAAAAAUCAAUUAUUUUUUCCAUAUUUUCUUGAUCCCCCUUUGAUCCCCUCUCAAUGUCAUCAUUUUUUUCCCACCACCCGAGCACAUAUAUAUUUCUGGCUAAAAAAGUUUCUUAUUUUUUUUGUUAUUUUUUCUUCCAAUUUUCCUAUCUGGGGAGCAACCUACAGUACCCCCCACUCGUCCUGAGAAUCUUUUUUUUCUCGCUUUCUGUUGUGCUUAUAUCAUCAAAAACACACACCUAGUUUUCCCUUUUUCUCCACCCCAUUGAAAAAUGUGUGUGUGUGUGAUGUUCACCUUUUCGACAUACACACACACAUAUAUCCAAUUUAAUAAACGUUUUCUUGCGGUUCAAAUUGGAAGAAAAUGUUGUUCAGAUUUUUUUUUGAUAGAAACAGGCCUGUUUUUAAUAUCACUUCAUUUAUUUUAAUUGUUUUGAAAAUUUGAAAAUUUGAAAAAAAAGAAACUGAAAA